AGUUUUUCAGGAUCAACAAAGAACCAUGUCCAAGAUACCUAAACGGGAUUUUACAAUUGUGAUCGAGGGGAAUCCAUUGGUUGGAAAGAAUUCUCUAAGGCAUCAAUUUAUAAAUCAAUCGUUUCCUUCCAAUGUUGGGAGUUCGUCUGUAUGGACCGUUAAUAAAAAGUCUUUCGAUUUCAAAGCUUAUAGAUUUGAGUUGUCGAUUUGGGUGACGGAUGGUAAGAAACAAUGUCGAAGUGAGACACCAGAUUUCAAUGGAUAUAACCAUUGCUGUUUUCUCGUAUUUGAUGUUUCCAAUCGAGAAUCAUUUGAGGCUCUUGAUUCGUGGCGAAAAUUGUGCAUUGAAAAAAUUGUACCAAAAGGGAGAACAUUUCCUAUCGCUGUGAUAGGCAAUAAAAUUGACAAGAAAAUUCGCACCGUGUCAACGCAAGAAGCCCAGAAGUGGUGCGAUGAUCGCCUCAUUCCCUACUUUGAGUGCUCGGCACAAGAUGGAACAGCGUGAACGCGGCAU